CGUCAUCAUUGACAGGUAGUUGCACCGGUAUGGCUGAUAUUUACACCUCGUAAUGACUGCGUUACAAACCAAUCAUGUAAGGCGAAGGCUGCUGGCGGGACCCACCACCACACAGCUCAUCUUCACGGAACUCUAAAGGGCGAGAUGUCUGUGAGAUACAAAAUCGAUACUUGAUUGACAGGCAGUCCUAAGGUCUGAAAUGACUUGAAACUUGGCAGUAUUGCAGUAUUUGUAAAGCAGUUAAGGUGUGUUUAGUAUGUAUCUUACGCAUUUGUGCCAGUGUGAUUAUUUCUUUCACUGUCAGAUAAGAGAAAAGUGACGACUUUUAUUAGUGACUUAUCACAGAAAUUCCUGGAGUGUUAUUUAGGCCAUGGUCGAAGUUUGUCAGCAAAUUCCUCACACCAGCAUGUCGAGCCUGAGUGAUGGGGUCAUGAAGCACCCGAACAAUAAGGUGGAGCUCUUUGAGUUCAACAUCGGACAGGCAUUGCACAUGCGAUGUGUAAACACGAAAAAGGCAUGCGGACAAUGUGAAUCAUGUCAGCUAAACACAAAACUAAAAGAGGCAAAAGGAUGGUUGGAAAAAAUCGGAGACCAUUCCAAAAAACGUUUCAUGUUAGGUUUAAUGCGACGGUUUCAAAGUGUGGAUCUGUUGCAGCAGAUGGUGACGUUGUUGCAGCCGUUACUGUAUAAAGACUUUACGUAUGCUAGAAGUCGAACAGCUCCAAGUCUGGCGACAGAUUCGGCGUCUUUAAGUUCGGACCGUGCCGUCCCAUCCAAAGAUGUCGAAGCAUUUAUCUUGACGACAUGGAAUUGGUUUCAGAAGGCCAACUAUUGGUCAAAAGCAAACUAUGCAAUAUCUUUGCUACAACUUUGCGACAGCCACCUGCUCCAUAUCCUGGGGACCCAAGCGCGAACCCUCCUUGUGUCGGAAGAGAGAGCAGCUUCAUUUGCAGCAGAGGAUGACCUGUUGGAAGCAGCAUCUAUAGCAAGUACCAAUUACACAUAUCAGUCUGACGAAAGACCUGACCUUGACCUACUUAUCCGGGCAACACCCGAGUAUGGCAUCCCAAAGCAUAACCCACUCACUGGUGAAGAACUCUUCUUGGACGAUGAAAUUGAAAAUGACGACAGUGGUGAUGAAAGUUUUACCUCAAUGGACAUUCUGUCAGUUGAUCCUGCAUGUAUGGUCGUUCCGACAUCGGCCAAGGCGGCAUCAGGAGUAACUAAAUAUAAAGACUUUAUCCGAUAUCUACCUGUCCAUAUUGCUAAAUAUGUGCUGGGAUUUUUGGACAUUGCUACACUACACAAUGCGGUGUGUGUCAAUAGCUAUUGGAGCUCUCUAGUGGAGGAGGUACAUCAGGAGUUCCGAAUCAACCAGGACCUGUCGGAAGAGGUCAUGCUCAUGCAGGGUGCUGCAGCCCAAGGGGCCAACCCAGUAUAUGCCAAAGAUAUAGAUGUGCUUGUACCGAACCUCCAUCUUGGAACAAGGGAGGUAAUUACUAAUAAAGAUCAAAUCGUCAAAACCAAGUACAAGAAUGAAGUCAAUUUCGAAACGGCAUUGACGGGAAUAUCGUGUCGCAAGGUCAUCAUGGAAGAACGCAACGUUUAUUGUGGGUCAUAUAAUGUCAUGGUGCUGAAAGAUGUAGAAGACUCCCAUCGUGUUGUACACACUUGUGGAGGUAAACUGAUCGCCAUUGGGUCUAAGGACCGUAAGGUACGAUUUAUCGAGCGUGAAUCGGGAAAAGAGCAGGGACCUGUCAUCACCGGACAUGCUGGAAGUGUCCGCUGUGUCUACCUGUGUGAGUCGGAAGGCUAUGUUCUCAGCGGCAGUUACGACACAAGCAUCAGGAUGUGGAAUAUGGAGACGGGCAAGUGUAUGAGGAUAUUCCGCGGUCACCGGGAUACGAUUCUCACCGUCUUGGUGUAUGGGGAUUACUUAGUUUCUGGAGCCAAAGACAACUGCUGUAAAGUUUGGAACAUGCAAACUGGGAAGUGUCAGCGGACAUUUAAACACCGUAAACCUGUGUGGGCCGUCGCGAUGAAUGAGGAGCUGUGCAUCACUGGAUGUGAAGGUGGCAAGGUCAAGGUCUGGGACAUAAAGACUGGUGACCUUGUCAAGAUGUUGAAUGGACAUCACGACCAGGUCACUUCCAUCAAGUUUGACAAGUGGCAUAUUAUCACUGGCAGCAAAGAUGGUUACGCUUUAGUGUGGAGUGGGCAGGGCUACCUCAACCGCUGUCUCAACGCCCUCAGACACCCAAAGGCAGUCCUCUGCUUAGAGUUCAUGUACCUUCGCGUGAUCACGGGAUCAGCCGAUGGGAGACUCCGCAUCUGGAACAUGGUCAACGGACAGUGCUGCCGAAUAAUGCGGGGAAACAGUCGCAGUGAUGCAAUACAGUCCAUCAUAGCCAUUGGUAACAGGAUAACCCUGAAUACGAGUGUCAACCUACUGGUGCUUAACUUUGAGAAAGUCGAGUGGGAUUACACGCUGGAGAAUGAUAAAGUACCACCCCUGGUCCAGUACAGCUCGUACGCUGACACCCCAAUCCGGUCCCUCCCUUACCCCUACAUCCGAGCCCAGAGGAUGGUACGAGCUGGUGCCACAAACUCAAAAAUAGUUCUACAUAAUCGGCCAGAGGAGCGAAAGGAAAGAAUUUCAGAGAGUGGACGGAUUCAUCCACAAUCAUCAUUCCACGCUCCACAGUUUCCACAUAGUGCUAAGGCCCUGAGUACUCGCAGUAUGGCAAGUGCUAGACAAAUACAGAGUCAGGGCCACACUGAUGUGGGGUUGGAAAGUAUGCAUUUCCCAGCCGGCACUGAGUCCCGUCUGGCACUGUCUGAAGUGAAAACUGCUGUCUCAAGUCGAGGGAAGAGUCGGGCCUCUACCGCUCCUUCAAAGCCGCCACUGCCAAAGACACGACCUUUAACCCACAAGUCUGGGGUAUCACAAUAUAGUGUGAUGAUUGCCGACCCUAAUCCGGAUCAGUACGAUGACGACGACGAUGAUGACGAGAAUGGACCUUCAGCUUCAGGUCUCAAACGAAGAGUUUCCUGGGCAUUUGAGAAGCCACUUCUCCCAAAGUCCAAAGAUAUUUCUCUUUCAGAGACGAAAUCAUUGCUACGAUCACAGAUGCGAAUGAAGACCGAGAGUAUCGUGCCACCAGAUUUCAUAUAUCUGACAGUCAACGCCAUUCAGAAUUCCAUGCGGCCUACAGAAACAACUAGCAAUACUCAGGUAAACUUUAAACUAAGGAAUAAUAUUGCUGAUACAUUAAGAAAUAGGCCUAGUUCUUCUCCACCAAAAAUCGACCCUCGUACUAAAGUUGGUCCAGGAGAGAUAGGGAUAGAAAGGUUUAUUAUUGAGGACAAAGUGGACACAGUUUCAGAAUUCUCUGAUGUCAAAUCUGUAAAAUCUAUCAAAUCAACAAGAGCAAAGGAUGAUAUGAUGCCGGAUAGUCCGGAAAAAGAAAUAUACGCUACCCCGUGUGAUAUCAAGCCUACAAAAAUUAAAUUAAGAAAAAGUUUGCAUUCAAAAAAGACAAAAAGCACUGUGCCAAUUGGUCGAGUCAUUAGACCAAUAUCUGCUUCUGCUAAGCGACAGGAAGCAGACCCUGUAUUGAAAGCGCGUGGAAUUCGACCAGGAACGGCUCCAGCUCUAACAAAUCGUCCAGGUACGGGUGUUUCGGUGAGGUCCACUAUUGCACCCUCAUUGCCUGGUGUGACUCUCCCGCAGAAACCCAAAGGACAAUAUGGCCUCUCCAGCACAGCUAAUGAGUCCAGUAUUGUUCCAAUGCUCAUGUAUCCAGCUGACAUGAAAGAGAAAUUGUCACAGUUGAUUCAAGAAAAACGAAGUCAGAGCAAAAUUGAAGAUGUGCAAUCAGCCGGUGAUGGGGGUCAGAUUUUGGGAAAAGUUAGUGCUUACAAUGAUCCCAUGCGGAGUCAUGUAAAAUUUGAUCUCCGAACAUAUGAACAGGAAAAGGACUAUAUCAAUAGCAUAGAAAAAAUGUUCUUGGAACAAAAACUGCGAGAAGAAGAAGAGCUGGAGAAAAAACAACGUUCAGCUUGGCUUGCUCGUGCUAAAUCCAGGCCAGGUUCGCAACCACCUUCUUCAAAAGUCCGACCGGGGUCAAAUGUUAGCACUCCUAAGUCAAGACCAGGGUCCUUUUGUCCCAAUCAAGUGAAAAUCCGUCCACAUUCACAACCUCCCUGCUGAAUGAACACCAAAUUCUGUAUAUAAUAGUCUAAUAAUAUAUAAUAUCUAGAGUUAUAGUUUUUCCCAGAAUAUUAAGAAUUUAUCACUGUCCAAAUAUCAAAGCAUUAUAGUAUCUGUGAUAUUUGUUUUUUGCUACAUAACAGUUUGAUCGGGUUUUAAUUUCAUUACUGCAUGGUCUGCUUAUGAAUAUUCAUAUUAUGAUAAAUUGAUGUUCAGCUUUCAAAGAUUUACACAUAUCUGUGAUAUUUGUAGCCAUUGCUUAACACUUCAAAUAGAAAUCCACUCGCCAAGUAUAUAGUCUGAGAAAAAUGAAAAAUAUUUUGUUUGCCAUUAUCGUACACGUUUAUGCAUGGUUCAUGGUUUUGUUCAUUAAAUAAUCAUCUGUAAUUCAUUUGAACAUUUCUGCAUGGUGUGUGUUAUAUGCUAGUGUGCUUCACAGGGAAACAGUGCUAUUCUAUACUGGUAACCAGGGGUAAAAUGGGUAAAAACCAUGAAUGUGUGAUUUUCUGGCAGUAGAAUUUUAGAAUGAUUGAACGGUGCUAGGAAUUAGAAUAGUUCAGUUUCACUGUGUAUGCUAUGUGUACCAUGAUAAAACCGGGAGCACUUGACAGGUAAGAUAUAUAUCUUAAUGAUGUGAAAGAAUUAUCUUCAAAAUAUGAUGAAUAGAAUCUUGAACUCCAUGUUGUAAAAUAUGGAAUUAUUUGAAUCAAUUAAGCGAUGUUUGAAUGAUGCAAUAAUAAAUCACAGAUGAAGGAGGUUUGAUUUUAGUUUUGUAUGUAUUUUGUUAAAUUAUUGAGCUAAUUCAACUUAUUUACAAAGAGUUCAAGAUUCUGUUUCUCGUAGUUUUAAUGAGCAUGUGUGUGUUGAAAGUAUAUAAAACUGAUGCACUUGAUAAAAAUUCUGGUGUUGGGUACCAUAGUGCUUGUGUUAACAGUCCCCCAUACAUCACUCAUGCUACUACAUCUGUUUCGAAAGUUUAAACUUAUAAGUUAUGAAUUAUCUCCCUUUAAUUGUAUAUAAGUUUUGAAUUAUCUUCCUUUGUUGAAUUUUAAAUGGUGCUUUAUCAGAUAAGUAGAUUUUCUUUUUAGAAUUGCAAUAUGAAAGAUAUUUAAACAUCUAUAUCAUUUAUGAAAAAAUUACAGAAUCACUAUCACAUUAUAGAGAAAUUUAGUUUAUUAUGGCAUCACUAGAAUUUUAAAGUUUGGGUAUCAUUUUGAUCAAAAUGUGAAUGGAAAAUAUUGAAUACCUUUCUUCAUAGAAUUAGUUUUUACCAUGACAACCUGCUGUUUGACUUUCAGGUUAACAGGCUUAACAGAUUUAGAUGAUGGGUGCUGUUAGGAGAUUGUUUUGUAAUAAAAUAGGUGAGCAUGCAAUGCUAGUCCAACCAAAAGCUUUGGUCUGGAUUGUGUGAGCUUUGAGUUGAAACGUGUCGCCACCAUUUUAUGUGCUGUACCAUUCAUUUUCAUUAUAUGUCAAACCGUUUAGUUGCCAACACUGGAUACCAUUGAAUCAUUGUUUUCUCAUUACUAAAAGUGCCUUAUAUUAAAUUUUGUUUUCAACAGCCGCCAAGUUUUCAUAAUUUUACAAUUUAUGUUUUUGCUUUUUUAGGUAAAUUUUAUAUUUGUUUGACCUGUAUUCGUACAUAAUAAAAGUGUUUGUUUAUAGACUUUUGUAUGUUUUCCAAUAUACAUGUAUAUGUUCAUAAUCUGUGUUUGUCAAACUUGUCAAAUAUUAAUUAGUUUUUGUAAAAAUGUUUUGUAUGAACGCUUCUAAAAGCUUGUUUUUUAUGUUGUUUUUUUUCAAAUUUUUAUACAGUGAUUUCCUUUCAAUUUUUGUUUCCUUGAAUGUAAUAUGUUUAAUUGCUUUUUUUGCCUCUAAGGCAAGAAUUCUUAUCCAUUUCAGUUUUUCCAUGAUUUUUAAACAACAAAGCUUUAUCAUAUUUCUGUAAAAAAACAAACAAAAAUGACAUAAUAUAUAUCUAUUGUGAACACUUCCUUACCUGUCUAUAGAGACUGUCCAAGGAAGACACCAAAUGGUCUCUAUAGACAGGUUGUCAUUAUAGGCAGGUUAGAAAAAAAAAAAUUAUCUUGUGUUUUCUAAACACUCAUGAGAUGUUUUAAUCUGAUUACUUUAAUUGUUGAAGAACUGCAUCAAAUAUUAACUUAGGAGAAAUUCUAAAGAAUGCCAAAUUUAAAUGUUGAUUAUCGGUACAUGUCUGUUUUUUUGGAUACAAGUAUUUUUUUUUUUUUUGAUACAUGUAUUUUGUGAAUUUGUACUGUAUCCCUCUAAAUAUAUUCUAGUAACCAAUUGAGGGAGUAUUGACAACCAGUAAUCUAAUAUCUGAUCGAAACCUUUUAGCACUAAGUGUAAACAAGUUUUUAAAGUGUUAGCGAUUAAAAAGGCUGUACAGUGUGAUCAAUUUCUAAAAAAAUCUAUUGUUACAUUUUUUUCACGAUUUGAGGUGAACAUGAUAUGGCCAAUGUCAGGCAAGGCUGAUCUGACAAAUUAGACUUGGGAUGCUAUUGUUGUAAUAUAUCAUGGAGGCUAUAGAAAUUUGGGGAAGGAAAUAGAUAAAUCAAAAUUUCUGAAUAAUUGUGGUGAUAUCCAUUAAACAAUCAAAUACAAUCAGACUGGAAAAGAAAAAAAGAAAAAGAAAAAAAUCAUCAAAUUAAGUCAAAUUUUUAAUACCAGGUAAUUAGUUAAAUAAAUUUUAGUUAAUUUAAAGACAUUAUAGCAGUAUAAUUAUAAUAUUUUGAAGAAAAAUAUCCAUUUGUAAAUUCAAAUGAGAAUAAUAUUGUUUCAGAAUUGGCCUAUUCCUGAAAGUACAUUUAUACCUACAAAUACACUGAGAAAAUUGACAGCCACAAUAUAAUUUGAGUGGAUACAGUACUUAUCUGUAGAUAUUGUUUUGUACUAGAUUUGUGAUUCAGUCUUAUUGUGUAAGUAUUUGUUUCACAUGUUUACUGUAUGUAUCUUGUGUAAGUCUUAGUCCUCGUCAGAAUUUGGUUUGAUAGACUGAAUUAUAUGUACUGUUUUAUUUCAUCCAUUUUGAUGUUGUUGUUGCUGUAUGUCAGUGUUUAAUUGUUAAAAUAUUUCAAAUCUCUUGAAAAUUAGUACAUAAUAAAGUUCUAUUUACUUUUUAAAAAAAUGUAUCUUGAAAUUAUUGUUUCAAGUUUUCAAGAUUUUUUAAUGAUUCAGAAUUCACAGUUUUCUUAAUAUUUGUCAGAUAUCUAAAACAGCUUGAUACAAAAGAAUUAUCUUGCUUUGUUAAUUGUUCGUCAUGAUUUGUUUAAACCUGCUAUUUUCGUUAUAACAUACAUGUCAUAUAUGCUUUUAAUCCCGAGCCUCUGUUUGAUGAUACCGUAUUUAUCCUCAAUUAAGCCCCCUCUCCUAGUGUACUAGUUAGUAUUAAAAUUUGGAAAGGGCUUAUUUAUGAACCUCUUUUAGUGUGAUAUAUAAAAAAAUUGAUGAUUCAUCAAAAAUGAAGUAGGAGGCUUAUUUGUAGGUAGGGGCUUAUUUGAGGAUAAUUAUGGUAAUAAAUUUAUACCUGAUACAUCUAGAGGUGUUCUGGUCAUUGUAGUUAAACAAUUGAAUAUAUUGGUUUGCUGUUUACUUAACAGAUUUAGACAUACCGUAUAUAAAACUAUAUUUAUUUAUUUCAUAUAGAAAUUGGUGUGUUACAUGUUGAAGUUAGAUAUUUCAGAGAGAAAAAGAAUUUUAGAACAAUGAUUUAAUUAUUAUUUUGUUCCUGAGAUAAGUCAUAUUUUAAUUGUUUAUAAGGAAAUAUUAAAUCUUUUCCAGUUUGUCUUGUGAUAUUUAUUUUCAGGGUUAUUUGCUCAAAAACAAUAAUAACAGUAUUGUCUUGUAUAAAGUUCAAUUAUUAUUAUCUGGUACCUGAAAAGAAAUAGAAAGUGCAAUGCUUGUUAUUCUACAAAAGCAGACCAAAUUGUACAGAUCCAUUUUAUGCAAUAAUGUUAGGUAAUGUACAUGUGCUAAGUGUUAAAUUGCUGUUUAUUUUCAGUAGAUGCGAUGAGUCAACAGUUUAGGGAAUUUAAUGGUUAACACAAAAAUUAUGAACCAAUACCCAUCAUGUUAAAUUUUUAAUUUGAUUUUGUGUAGUUUUCAAGAUGACAAUUUAACAUCAUAGAAAAAGAAUUUUUGUUAGAUUUGAUUUCAGUAUAAAGUAUAUGCUAUGUUCUCACUGGAGUCAAAAUAAAGAUGGUUAGAGGAAACUUUAGUCAGAAUGUUUGAUGGUUAAGUGAGAGUUUAUUAACAACUUUUUGCAUAUUUUAAGUACAGAAUUAAAAACAAAAUGAAUAAAUAAACAAUUAAAUAAAUCAUUGCAACAUCUUAAACAUUUGGUCAUAUAUAGAUUACCAUAGGGAUGUAUAAUUUGGAAAGAAAAGAAUUCUUUUGAUGGUACUUUGAGGGCAUCAGAUGAGUAUACCAUAUUUAUUCUCAAAUAAGCCCCCUCCCCUAGUGUAAUAAGUUUAGUACCAUAUUAUUCUCAAUAAAGCCCCCUUCUCCUAGUGUGAAAGUUAAGCAUACAAGUUUGGAAGAGGACUUGUUUGUUAAAUACUUUAGUUUAUUAGUCUAAAAUUGGUGAUUCUGCAAAAAUGAUGAAGAGGGCUUAUUUGUGGACAGGGGCUUAUUUCUAGAUAAAUUUAGGCGUACACAUCACCAGUAUAAGUCACAGUACUACAUAUUGAAGUGUAGGUUCUAGUCAAAGUGUAAAACUUCAGUAUAGAUUUAUAUUAUUCUCUGAAUAUUCAGUUACAAACAGUUUGUUUGUGGGUUACUGUCUCCUUAAAGGUUUGUUGAUACACUUUAAUAUUCUUUAUAUCCGAAAUAUUACAAGGUAUGUUUAUACUUGACAAUUUGUCAUAUUGGCAUAAAAUUUUCAAUAUUUUUUUCCUGUGUAUUUUUCAGAGAGUGUCAACUGCCUGCAUAGAGCUCCUUUCAAUACAAAAUCAAAGUGUAUACAAACCAUUUAGAAUAUUUGUGCUUCUGAAAAUUAAUGGAAUUUUGUCAUAAUAGGUAGUUUUGUAUAGUGAAGAAUGAAAACCUGUUUGUUUUCUUAUUUACAUUUUGCCUUACAAGUCAAACACCAGAAAAAAAGAUUACAACUUUUAUUUUGUUGUUUAAGAAAUUGUGAUAUCAUAUUUAUCCUCCAAUAAGCCUCCUGUAAAAUUUUAGUAUGAUAGUUUAGGUUGGGCUUAUUGUUAUUCUGUAAAAAAAGAAUAAGGGGGGCUUAUUUGUAGGCAAGGGCUUAUUCAUGGAUAAUAGCAUGUUUUCUUACUUUCACUAGAAUUAAUCUCCAUUUACCAGUAAAACUGUUAAAACUGUCUACAUGUAGUUAACACAAAUGUCCGAGUGUCCAAUAAUUGUGUAUUGAUUGUGUUAUAAGAAUGUGAUUUUUAUAAUAUGUGUACGACAAUAGUAUUUUGAUAUAGCAACUUUGAUUAAAUAUUAAUUUACAUGUAUUGCUAAUUAUAAUUAGUUUGACUACCAGAAAGUAUUUUGAUUAUUGCUAGAAUCAAGAGAUGUCAGUACGUCUCGACUAGAAUCGAUCAGAUAGUAUAUCAUAUAAACUUGUGUUUUUUCAUAUUCCUUUUUAUCAUUACAAGUUUAUUUUUCAAAUAUGUAGAGGUAAUAUAAUAAAUUCUGGCCUAAAUCAUCACUUGCUACUUGUCACACACAAGGCCUAAUUUGCACAUAAUAUGGGCCUAUUUUUCAUAUGUGCGUAAUUGGCCCAAUUUUCUCAGAAUUUGUUGGCCCAUGUCAGUGAUUUCAUAUGUUAAGGAAGAUAAUCCCUGCACUCUAUUCUAUCUCUAAUGAAGAAGAGUUCUAAUUGCUUUCCUACUUGUAGUUGCUUUCCCACUUACUAUAAUAGCAAAGACAAAAGACAUACAUUCAUUGUAUAUUUGAUUAUUUUUCACACACAAAAAACCCAACAUUGUGGCUCCAAAGCAUGGAUUCAUUUCCAGUUCUAAAAAUAAAAGAAAAAAUGUAGGAAGAUACAGCAUAUACUUCACCCAUUAAGUUCUUGGCAACAAAAUUUACUGGAAAUUAUUUCAAAUGGUUUAGCCCAGAACCUAUGACUGGUUCCUGUGACUAAAGGGGAGACAACUUACAUGUAACAGUAAAAUAGUGUACAAAAGCUGUAUACAGUAGAAAAGUGUUACUGUUUUAACUUAUUCAAAUUGUUAGGCCUUGCAUUCCAUUCACUGGUCCAAUUUGAUGUGGCCAACUGUUUUCAUAAUUACAUCCUAUUUUUUUUUUCCUAAGCUGUCUUUUAAAUGUUAUGCUGAGUUUUGAGCAUGGCCUCAAAGUGUGGUUUUAUGGAUUGGCCAUCUCUCUCACCUAUAGAUAGAUUAUGUAAAAAAAAAAUACUUAAAGUAUUCUGUAUUGUCUUUAGGGAUAAGGGAAGAAUUGUGUAUCACUGUAUCUUAAUUUUAUAAACAACAGAUAUUUAUGAAUUUCCCUAUUAGAUAUAUUUUCAAUACUAUUAAAUUGUUUCAAUUGAG